AUGCAACGUUACGUCGCGCUGGUAGCAUUCCUCGCGGUUGCAGUGACUGCCGAGGCACCGUACCCUGCAUCCGGAUGGCGUCCGGAAGGAGCUCAAUUUCGUCUGCCGACAGAAUACGGCGCACCGUUGCUUUUGCUCCAACCUCAACGUGUUAAUGUUCAAAUAACACGCGAAAAUGUACAAUUUGCUGGACGUCAAGUUGCUCAGGAACAGCCAACUACUACCGUUGAGCCAGUGACGCAACCAAGCCCGGUAACAUCCUCCACGACCGAACAGGAGCAAUUGGAUCCGCUGAAGGUGCAAGGACUGCCAUCCGAUCAACGAAAGGACUUCCAGCAGCGUGCGAAUCUUCGACAGCAAGUUGUUAACCGUCCGUUGACCGCCAACUUCGCCCAACGUCCUUUGUUACCGGUCAGUGGACAACUUCGGGCUCUUCCAGCAGUACGGGCCAAUGUUUUCCAGCAACAGCUAGUACAACCUCAACCCCAGGUUCAGCCACAAGCUGCACCAGCUGAAACAUACGGUCCACCAGAGCAGGAAGAGGAGCAACAGCAGCCGGAAGAGCAACCAGCUACGACCGAACAACCGCAAGUACCGCAGGACGAAAAUGAGGAUGAUUACGAUGAAGAUGGUGGACGCACAGUAGUUGCUGUGUCCAACUCGUUCUCGGGACAAUACUACAUACUGUCUCCAGACAACACAUUGCAGCGCGUCGUCUUCAGUACCAUGGUCACAGACGAAGAUCGCCAGGUGAAUGGUUUUUCUGCACAGUUGAAGUACUCCCCGGUGGAUCCAAUUCGCGAUCCAGUUUACAUGUACGAUGAACAGGGACAGUUGGUUCGUAUCUACAAGAAGUGA